UGAGUAACCCCGAAAGAAAACAAAUAUAUAAACCAACAAAAUUCUACUAAAAAAUACCAACAAGUUUCUAGGUGAAAGUACCGUGAGAAAAAAAUGGAGGUAAAGAAGAAGAACAAUGAGGUGAGUGAAGAAGCAAAAGAGAAAAUCUCAGAGAGACUAUCAUCUUUUGAAAACCUCUGGUUCCCACGCGCUCAACAAUCCACCGCCACUCUCCCAUCCCAACGCAAAUCCAUCUUCCUCGACCUUCUCUCUCGAGACACCGCCCUAUUCCUAGAACGCUACGGUUCCAACCUCACCUGCAGCGAGUUAACCGAGUUCGAUGCAAUGAAACACGAUUACGAAAUCAACUGGCACGUGACGCGGUUACGGAGUUUGUUGAGUCCUACAUCGGAGGAAUUGCGGAAGAGGUCGGUUAGGGCGAAGAACAGGCGGCGGGCUUAUUUGGAUAGAUUGAUGAUCGGAGGUCAGUAUUUCUCUGAAGAAGCUAUGAGGGAUAGGGAGCCUUAUCUUCAUCAUGAAUAUGUUGGCAAGUUUCAGGAUCGAGUUGGAAGAGCUAUGGCUAGACCUGGUGAGAGAUGGUCUGAUACGCUUUUGAGAAGGUGUGAGGAAGCUGCUAUUGUUGCUAAGAUUAGAGGGGAACAGCAGAGGAUUGGUGUGCCUCAGAGGGAUUGGAUUGGUAAUGAAGGGUUUCAAGAAGAAGAAGAGGAAGAAGAAGAAGAAGAAGAAGAAGAGGAGGAGGAAGAAGAGGAAGAGGAAGAAGAAGAUGUUGAAGAAAAAGAGACUGUGGAGCAGAGACGCUUGCCCCAGCCCAAUGUAACUGAUAAUGCCACAUCUAAUCCAGCUAGAGAAAGGCAGGAUCCAACCUUAUCAUCAGAAGAGCUGGAGGACCGGAUGAAUCAGUUCACAUACAUUAUGCAGCAGAAGUUUCUAGUAGGAGAAGAUCAUGAACAUGUAGAUUACUCUAAAAUAGAUAAUGAUGAAACCCUUGAUGAUCAUUGGCAGAGGGAAGCCAGUGUUGAUGCAGAAGAGAGAUACUUUGCUGACGCUUAAGUUGCUUUAGCUUGAUACUGCAGAACCAGAUGUGUAGAUAUUGCUUGACUGUUUUCUCCAUUUGGCCUUCUUCAAAUCUAUACUGUACUUACAUUAGCGGAUUGUGUCUAUAACAUAAGUAACUUGUUGUGGGUAGCAGGUCAUUUUUCUAGAUUAGUACUAAUAUUGCUACUAAUUAGCUUAUGAUUUUUUUAUUAUAAAAAUAGCUUAUGAUUUUA